AGCAAGAAAUUAGACCUUUCAGGCAGAGUCAAUUAAAUUACUCGUGGUAGUUUUGAGUCUGAUGUCACAGUCGUAAUCGUUCUCCGCAGUCGAAUUCUUCACGUUGAGAAGUUUGGAUGUAGAUAUUGUAGAUAAUAAUUGAAGAAAAAUGUUUCAGAUGAUUUAUAUUUAUUUUACGAUUAUCGUAGUUUUCGUCGGUUUAAAAAAUUUUAAUUGUGAACAAUUAGAUUUUAGUAGUGUACCGACAACCGUGAAAACUUAUAAGACUUCUGCUGUGCUUUUACCGUGUUAUUUGGAUACGAAAAAUAAUGAUGGUGCGCAAGGAAUUCGAGUAAAAUGGUACAAAGAUAAUAAUUUAUGGGCGGACAGUGGCCAACAAGAUUUUUUACCACCUUUGAGGUUUAAAUUAUGGGGAAAUGGAUCCCUCCAGGUCGUCGAUAUUCAACCGGAUGACACCGGAAAAUAUACGUGCGAAAUUAUUAGAAGUGAACCUUGGGCUCCUGUCAGGCAAACUCACGCUAUUGAAGUUUUACAACCCCCAGUUAUCCUUCCACAACCUCCGAGUAGGUACUUGGAAGUAAAAUUAGGGGAUGAGGUCGAAAUGGGGUGCAUAACAGGGGGUGUUCCAGCUCCUAUUGUAUCUUGGACUCACAAUGGAGAACCUCUUCAAUUAAUUAAUAACCGAAAUAUCCUCAAAUUUAAUGUUAGCGAAAGACAUUUUGCUGGGAUAUACGAAUGUAUUGCGAUGAAUGGAGUUGGAGAUUCUGUUAGGGAUAAAAUCGAAUUAAAAGUUUUAUAUCCACCGGAAAUUUCAACAUCAAAAACUUGGAUUCAUUCGGCGCCAGAUUUAAAAGUUCAACUUGAAUGCAAAGUAAACGCGGUUCCAAAACCCACCGUUUCUUGGUUUAAAGGAGAAAAACUAUUAAAAAGAACAGAUAAAAGGAUAAUACAAUUUUUAGACGGAAAUAAGCACAUAUUGUUGAUUAAAAAAAUAAUUAAAAGCGAUUUUGGUUUCUACACUUGCAAAGUAUCCAACGAAAUUGGUGUUCGAACAAUCGAAUAUCAACUUUCCGAAAGUUUUGUAGGAGUUCCGAAUCCGGUUGUUUUUAAAACCGCCGAAAGUGAAAAUGAUAAAGAUUCUUAUACGUUUAUAUGGGAAGUGGAAAGUUAUACGCCAAUUAUCGAGUACAAUUUACGAUUUAGACCACUUAAACCAAACUCUGCAUCACAUAAAACCACCAACGAAUGGACUGUUUUAACGAUUCCGACUGAACAUCGAAGUAAUUCUCACGUUUAUUCGAAAAAGUACACUUUGAGGGGACUAAAAGAAAGAGUAAUUUAUGAAAUACAAGUGUUAUCGAGAAAUCGAUAUGGCUGGUCGAAACCUAGUGCUGUAUUAAGAUUUUCUAUCAACGGAGAAGAAGUUACCGAAGAAGUUAUUACUUCAGUUAUUACCGAACCAGAAAAUAACAUUGAUAAUGUUACUCCUCUAGAAAUAACAUCGGGAGGUAUUAAUUUAAGUCUAAAUUCCUGGCUUUAUAUUAUUAUUAGUUUAAAUGUAAUAUUUAAGUAAAAUUUAAAUUGUAAAGCAUUUAUUUAAAAAUAAAGAAUCACUUGAU